AUGAAACGUACAUUCAGCUCGACCACAGACGCCAGGUUGGCUGUUCUUGAACAUGCUGCAAAAGGCGUAUUUAAACCUCUAUCACGUACUGCACCCGUAUUCUACACCCAAGGCAGCCGUGUUAUGCCCCUCUUUGAGCCCUCUGACUUCUAUAAAGAACUCAAAAAACGUAUAUUGUCGGCAAAGGAUAAUAUCUUUCUUGCGACACUUUAUAUCGGUCAGUCGGAGAAGGAGCUGGUGGAUACUAUCCGUACAGCCUUGGAGAAUUCGGACACACUCAAGGUUCAUAUCCUGGUGGAUUGCCUAAGAGGAACUCGCGCUUCUCAAAGUCAAAGUUCUGCCACAUUGCUUUUGCCAUUGAUCCGUGAUUUUCCUGCCGGAAGAGUCCAGGUGUCGAUGUAUCAUACACCUGAUCUCAAAGGAAUUCUCAAAAAGGCUCUCCCACAGAGAUUUAACGAAAGUAUUGGUCUUAUGCACCUCAAAGUCUAUGGAUUUGAUGAUGCAGUUAUGCUCAGUGGAGCCAAUUUGAGUACAGACUACUUCACGAAUCGACAAGACCGUUACAUUGUAUUUGACCAGCAACCUGAACUAGCAAAGUAUUAUCACAACUUAAUAAAUUUAGUUGGGUCCUUUUCGUACCAACUUGGUCUACCUCAACCAACACAAGAGUCCUACAGUCUGACUAUGCCAUCUUCUAUGCCAGACCCAGUUUGUCAAAGUACUCAGUUUAAGGCAAAAGUCCGCAGUCGACUGGAGAACUUUAUUGCGGACGCUAUGACAGAAACAAAAAAAAACGAUAGUGAGGAUGAUACAGCUGUCCUGCCUGUUAUUCAGAUGGGUCCUUUUGGUAUCAGACAGGAUGAGAAAAUGACACUUGAACUGUUGGAGAUUGUGCACCGUCAAGGAAAAUCAAAGGACUCUUGGUGGACAAUUCAUUUGACAUCAGGUUACUUUAAUUUCACUGAUCGUUACAAAGCAUUCAUACUGCGCACUCAAGCUCGCUUCCAAUUUAUUACUGCUUCUCCAGAGGCUAAUGGAUUUUUUAAUUCAAGAGGUGUUUCUCGGUUUCUUCCACCUGCAUAUACUCAUAUUGAACGUCAAUUUUACAGACAGGUUACUCGUGCAAAUAAGCAGGACGUUAUUAGUAUUGAGGAAUAUAAACGUUCUGGUUGGACCUAUCAUGCCAAAGGUCUUUGGGUGUGUCUUGCAAACCAAGUAUGGCCUUCAGUCACCAUGAUUGGAUCCCCUAAUUUUGGUCAUCGAUCAAGCAACCGCGACUUAGAAGCUCAGGCAGUUGUGAUCACAAAGAGCAAAGAAUUACAAGAAUCUCUUCACAAGGAAGUAAACAGGCUACACGAGUACUCUAGUGCUGUAUCUAGUGAAACGUUUAAAAAACAAGACAGACGAGUACCUUACGGUGUUAAGUUGGCCACUGCUAUGGUCAAGACUAUGUUAUAA